UUUGCACAAAUUACGUGUUGAACCAAUCAUCAAUGAAUCAUAAGUUUCUUCCAUGGCUGAAAAGGUACACUAUAGAAGGAACAAAAUAAAGUGUAAAACAAAGAUAAUGGGAAGCAAAGAUGUGAAGGUGUUGAGCUGUUGGGCGAGUCCUUUCGGUAAGAGAGUUGAGUGGGCGUUGAAACUGAAGGGUGUGGAAUAUGAGUACAUAGAAGAAGAUCUAUACAACAAGAGUAACCUCCUUCUUGAACUGAACCCUGUUCACAAGAAGGUUCCAGUUCUUGUUCAUGGCAGCAAGGCAAUCGCCGAGUCCCUCAUCAUCCUCGAAUACAUUGAUGAAACAUGGAAACAGUAUCCGUUGAUGCCUCACGAUCCUUAUCAAAGAGCUCAUGCUCGCUUUUGGGCUGCUUCUGCUGAACAAAAGCUUGGGGAAGCCUCAUGGAUUGCGCUCGUUUACAACGGAGAUGAAAAGGAAAAAGCUCUAAAUACAACCUCAGAGAUAGUUGAGAAGAUAGAGCAAGAGAUUAAGGGUAAGAAUUUUUUUGGAGGGAACAAAAUUGGAUAUCUGGACAUUGCACUUGGAUGGAUCCCUUGUAUGAUUCCCUUUUUUGAGGAAGUUGGGUCAAUGCAGAUAAUUGACUCUCUGAAGUUCCCAGCCAUCAAUGAAUGGAUGACCGAUUUCCUCAGCCACCCAGUGAUCAAGGACUCCUUACCCCCAAGAGACAAGUCCCUUGAAUACUUUCACUUUCUCAAAAACAAAGAUGCUGCUAAUUAAUUAUAUACAUAUGUAUGUUAAGUGUGUAUGUGAGUAUUAUCAUCUAUUGUUAUCUACUCCUCAACAGGGGGAAGGCGGCAGGGCAAACAUAACCCAUUUUUCCUUUUAUACUCAAUGGGACUAACAGUUAAAAAAAAAAAUAUAAAAAGAUAAUUCUAGGAUGAGUUGUUCCAACAGAAUCAACAAAAAAGCAUAAGCACAUACGAGAAGAUAAACUAAACUAAAAUUGACAACUAAAUUAUAAACUAUGACCAAAAGAGAUUAAUUUAUCAGGUUAAGAAUUUGCUUCUCUAAAUUGAUGUAAAAAAAUACGGUUGGUGAGUCUAGUGCAAUAUUUUUUAAGAGUUGAA